AUGAUGUUGCGCAAAUCAAUUACCAAAUCUAACUGUAUUUCUGGGAGUAUUCUUUGCGUAAUUGAAUCAUGCAUCCCACAUUCACAUGCACUCAACGUCCUCGUCGCUGCGUCCACCACCCAGCUACAUUUGUACACGGCUAGAGAUGGGCGAGAUGGGCGUGAUGGCCUUCUAGCACUCACGUUACUUGGCAGUAUCGAUGUAAACGGCCGCAUUCUCGGCAUAGACAGGUUGCGAAUCGGUGGCGAGGCGCACGAUGUGCUCCUACUUACACUCGACCAUCCUUCAGCGCAGCUAGUAGUGUUGCGAGUGUGGGAGGGUGACUGUGGGCUAGAGCACAAAACCGAAUGCCUCAAGAUGCUCACGCACGGUGCCUCUUCCAGUACCACUACCACUGGCACGGGUACAUCCCCCAGCCACGAAUACUGCAACACACUAGUCGACCACUCUUCCCAAACAGGCCUGAGCCAUCUGUGGCAGGGGCAGCUGCACGCGUUUAGACUCUCCUACGACCAGACCCACUCGAGGCACAUCAUCGACGGACGCACCACCCAAAUCGACUGGUCUGUCACCCUCGCAAUGGCUUUCCUGGCCGUCGAGGAGGGCGACAGAGCGACGCUGUGCAGAUUGGUGAGAGCACCCGAUGCUCCCAACCCCGUUAUUGUCGUGGAGUGUCUCAACCAGGAAGGCGAUGGCGUAGACGUGUCCCCGCCCAAGCUGCGCAUAGAAACAUCCUGCCCUACCGCCUCCCUCCUCGUUUCUGUUUGCGGUGGGAAGAGGGGUGUGUUGGUCAUUGGUGCGUUCAGCUGUGAGUACUACGACGUGCCUAGGGUGAGGGAUGUAGAUGCAGAAGUAGGGGGGGAAAGUGGCAAAACGCGGCGGAGAUCCAAGUCCAAGUCAAAGUCAAAAUCUCAUUCGUCAAGCACCAACAUAGAAACCACAGGAGUAACAACUCCCCUUCAACAAAUACCCAACACUUCUUCCCAUACACCCUUCGCUACGCCGACAGCAUGUACAGCAGCGACGGCGGACGGACUGGCGUGGGUGGUUGGUGAUGCACGGGGCGAUCUCUACUAUCUCGCUAUUACGCAGAGUGGAUUGGAGACGCACCACCUCGGUACCACUAGCGUCGCGUCGACGUUGCAGCAUCUCGGCAAUGGGUGCUUCUACGUCGGUAGCCAGUGCGAGGAUUCCAAAGUGGUGAGUGUGAGUGUGGUGCAUGGGGCGCAGCCACACCUUGUCGAGUUGCAGUCCUUCACCAACCUCGCUCCUGUUAGUGACCUCGCAGUUCUGUACCCCGACGACACAGAGCAAACGCAGUCCCAGACACAGUCGCACACUCAAACACAAGUCGUCACGUGCAGCGGCGCUAAUAAGUCAGGUAAAUUGCGUGUGGUGAGCACAGGAGUUGGCGUGCGCGAUGUGUAUUUGGCACCGCUAGAGCUGCUGGGCGAGGACAAGACAGCCACACCAAACACGCUCACCGCACUGCAUGCCCUGCACUCCCUCCCCAAUCACCUCCUCUUCAGCUACCCAACAUCGACGCACAUAUACACAUAUCCCAAUGCCCUCUAUGGCACAUUGGACGAACUGGACGGGGAGCAAGACAAAUACAAACAACUUAAAAAGGACGUCCCUACUCUCGCGACAGUGCAGUGGGGCUCACGCACCGUCGUCUACCAGAGCGAUAGUAUGUUCGUCUUUAAUAUGAUAGGCAAACUUGUUAGCAGGCGCGAUAUGGAUGUUGAUGGAGUGUAUGUGGAUGGUCACUCUAGGUUCACAAGCGCAAGAAGCCCAUACGUGCUGGUGGUGAUGAGCGAUAGGGUGCUGCUACAGUGCGCGAAUAAUAACGAUAACGAUAACCUUGAGCAUAAUGAUAAGGAUGACGAUAACGACAGCGAUAAUGAUAACGAUAACGAUAUUACUUUCCAUGAAAGACUCAUACGCAAACCACACCACUCAACUGUGUUCGCACCCCUAGAUGAUUCUCAUAUCGCUUAUGCAACGUGGGAAGAUUCCACGGUGCGCGUGAUGAGAAUUAGCGGCCAAUGUGGUCAAUGUGGUCAAGGUGCACGAGAUGCCCAAGAUGCUCAAGAUGUUCAAGACGGCUUCGUCGUCUGCGCCUGCUCAUCACCCGACAACUCACAUAUCUACUCGCUUCUUGCAGUAGAUGGCGUCAUUAUUGCGGGUACGGCGCUCGGGAAUGUUUUUGCGUUUGAAUAUGCGCAAGCUGCGCAGACGUCUCACACCUCUCCGGGAAACACAGACACGAUCACAAACACUCCCGCCUCACACACCGCCACAGUCGGAAGUACCCCUGUCACUUUGCAGAGAGCGGCAAGUGGGGCGAUAUUCGCGCUGUGCGACGUUCCCUCGAUCGUCGGUGUGAGUGUGGAUAUGCAACGAAGCGUGAGUGUAAGUGUAUCAGGGGUAAACGCGCCUUUCAUACACGCCAUGACGUCGUACAAGUGUGACAGUGGUAGUGAGAAGGAUGGUGCCUCCGAGGAAGAAGAUAUGUACGUGCUAGCACAUACGGACAGUAUCAGAUUCUGUACAAUACCAUCUACACAACAUACAGUGCACGUGCGUACCAUCGAGAUGGGGGUAGAUAUACCGCGCGUUCUCACUCACAUACCCUCUCACAACAUGUUCGCUGUCGGUUGCGUACGUACGGCAUACCCAAGCGAUAGGACAGUAAUCGAAGGCGGGGGAGGGAGUAGUGUGAGGUUGUUCGACGAUACCCUCUCUCCCAUAGAAACGCUCCAGUUGCAGCUGGAAGAAGGGGAGGUGGUCAGUGUAGUGGAGUGUCUGAAUGUAGGGCGCGAAAAAAAGGGAGAGGGAGAAAAGCAUACAGUCCUUGCAAUAGGCACCUACUACAUUAAUGAUAGUAAUGGCGAUGACAACGGUGACGGAGGUGACGUCGAUAGAGGACGCUUUCUCCUCGCUACUGUCAGUCAUACCCCCACCCACUCACACCUAGAUAUAGUCGCCCAGCUUGCUGUGCCCGGCUGCGUGUAUGCGGUGUGUGAAUUGGACGGGCGCAUCGCAAUAGCUGUCGGGCACCAGGUGCGGUUGUAUGAGGUGGAAUUGUCCCGAAAGUGCCAGCUCAAUCUCGUCGCCAGCUACGGCAAUGCUUUCGUCGUAGUCUCUCUCUCUGCCAUGCACGGCGUCUUGGUUGUGGCUGAUUUCCUCAAGAGCGCCAUCUACCUUAAGUUGGAACUGCGACAAAGGGCGGAGACGAGCGAAUUGGAACUCGUACAGGUGGGAUACGACGCGCACACGCGGUGGUCUUCGCUAGUGGAGGCUGUGGAGGGUGUGCAUGGUGAGCGGGGUGCGCAAGAGCGCCACAACAAUCACUUCAUCACUCUCGGUGCUGAUCUCCGCUUCAAUCUUUUCGUCCUUCACUACGAGCAGAUCGGGGAGGAGCACCGGGUGAGUUCGCGGGAGGUUGCCCAGCUGCAGGAGAACGUCAGUGCGAUAUGCGGGAGGAGACAAGGUGCCAGUGUUAGUGUCAAUGUCAAUGUCAGUGCAAGAGAUAACUAUCACAACCACGCCUUACAUACACUCGCUGUGUACGGGACGAGUGCAGGCUCCCUCUGCGUGCUGGCAGAGGUGGACGAGAGCAGUAGUGCAGAGUUGGUGCAGAUGGAGAAGUCGGCGCGUGCUGAUGGCGCACUCGUUGGACAGAGUGCGCAGUCUGACAUUAUCGACGGGGAUCUCAUUAGCAGGUACAGCCGGCACAAUGAACAAAAGCACAAUUUGGCAGACGAUUUGCAGCGUCUUCUGUAA